ACUUGAUGGCGCUACGGACGGUAUCGGCAAUUGGCCGUAAUCGACGACAAUUUCUUCCAGCGCUGGCGUCCACCCCACCAUCUGUCAGGAUCGGGUUCGGAGCAACGGCAAUAUACUGUGGAAGUAUACGCCCGCCGCGGUUGUGCAUUGUGUACAAUACCUGCCCCUACAGAAUACGUGAAAGGUCGGCGCCGGUUGCUUUCUGAACCGCACUGGCUAGCUUCCGCCGAGUCUUCUACGAAUACGUUGUGCUUUGGAUCGGGGUGUAUAUAUUCCGCGGGACGAGGCUCAAGCUAGGUUAAGCCGCUCUCUCUCGACUUCCGGUAAUCCGGUGGGCUUAUCUUGAUGAAGAGGAUCGCAACGGGCAUCCAUGGAAAUUGUCCCGGCCAGGAUUGCAUUGAUCCCCGCCAUGUCAAGUGCCAACAACGCCAACCUUUCCCUUAACGCUGCGCCGGCCGAUCGCUGGCGAAACCCGGCGAGUGCGGCGCAUGACUCCCCGCAUCGGCAUCUGCAUCGGCAUCAUCAUCAUCGUCAACAUCAUCCCGCCGACGUGAAUAACAUUCAUCCCGCCACUGCACCGCUACAGCCUGCGCGUCUUCGCCACAACAACACUCGCCAUAGCCACUUGACACGGCUGUCCGCUGCUCUUUUUGCCCUUCUCGCCACCAGCACCGCGGCCACAACCGGAAGUAGGGAGCGCCUGCCCCGCACCGUCGGGCACUCCGCUGACCAGUUGAACCACGUAACGCCCUCCUAUCUGCCGUCCGAUCGGGGCUUGAACGGCGCCAGGGAUACGAGUGAUCGUGAUAUGAUGCCGCUGCACCGGAUCGCCUACCAAAAUAUGCCGGCCGCAGUGGCCGACUGGACGGGCGCCCUGCAGAGCAACAAGUCGUCCGACCUCCCAGCAUCCGCCAGCAACCCGUCGCCCCGCCUCCUGGACGCCCCGCCGCCCCGCCCCCUCCCGGACCCUAAUCCAGCGCUGCCGCUGCCGGCGCUGGAGCUGGUGCAGCCGACGCACGACUACACGGUGGUGGUGUACUCGGUCAUCCUCAUCUUCGGCUUCUUCUCCAACUUGUACAUCGUGCUGCGCUUCCUGCAGCUGCGCUUCGGCCUGCGCCUGAACCUGGGCGCCGGCAAGGACACCGGCCUGUCCAGCGCCGCCGUCCUGCUGCAGCACCGCGCCCGCCUCCGCCUGCUGCACGUGGCCCUGGCCAACCUGCUGAUCUGCACCAUCUCCGUGCCCAUGGAGCUGGGCUGGCGCGCCACCAUCGAGUGGCGCGCCGGCAAUCUCGGCUGCAAGCUGCUGCAGUUCGGCCGGGUGUUGGGCCUGUACGCGCUGGCCAACUGCCUGACGGCCAUCGCGCUGGACAAGCUGCUGCACGUGCGCCUGCUGCUGCGCGGCACCGCCGCCCUCGGCGCCACCGCCAGCGGGGGCGGCUGGGCGCUGGGCUCGCCCAUCCACGGACUGCUGGCCGCCGGCUGGAUCCUCAGCGCCCUCUGCAGCUUCCCGCAGGUGUUGGUGUUCCAAGCCGGCUACUCGCUGUACUCCAACAAGGUCAUCCAGUGCGUGGGCAUGGAGGGCUUCGCCUCGCUGGGCCACGAGCACCUCUACAACAUCUUCAUGCUCACCGGCAUGUUCCUCCUGCCCGCCAUCACCAUGCUGGCCGCCUACGCCUACAUCUUCAAGCACGUCAACAGCACCAGCGACAUCCCCGACGACCUCGAGAGCAGCAUCAACCAAAACGGAGCGAAGGAGGAGACUUCUAGUCUGGACCCGCAGCAGCGCGCGCGCGUCUUCAGCGCCGGCGGGCAGUCGCGCGUGUCGGCCUACAGCCACAUCCUCUCGCUGCACUCGGGCGGCACCGGCUCCGCUGCGGGCUCCGGCGUCAGCUCGGAGAUGGAGCUGCUGGGCGGCGCCGGCGCCCCCGGCACGCUGCAGGUGCGCGGCGCGGACGGCGUGUACAUCAUCCUGGACGAGGCGUUCCAGCGCGACCUGCGCGUCUUCCUGGCCAUGUCGCUGACCUUCAUCUGCACCUCGCUGCCCUACGUGGCCUUCACGCUGUGGUACCUGGUGGACGCGCACUCGCACGCCCUCAUCCACCCCAUCGUGCAGGAGCUGCCCUUCGUGCUCGUCCUCACCAACACGCUCCUCAUUCCCGCCAUCUACGCCCUCCGUCUCUGCGCCCAGACCACUUGACUCUUAGAUAGUUUAUUUCUUUUUACACGGACUAUGUUAAUUCUGACAAAUCGUUUUACUCGAACUGCACGAGCUUUCAGGGAAAUGGUAGUGCGUAAUGUUUAACCGGCUUUUCUGACCGUUGAUUGCUGUUUAUGGAAUUUAUUUAUAUUUUUCUUUUAUUCAAAUUAUAUCCAUUUUUCAAAUGGUUUUCUAUUUUUUGUUGAUUUUUUAAUUCACUCGUCGGUUGAACGGUUAGAUCCAGUGACUGUGGUUGAAUUUUCCAUAUGAAAGUAUCUCUAGUAGAGAAAAUUACUAUAUACCGAGCAUGCUUUUCGUUUGCUGUUUUAUGCGCUGAUAAUAAAAUUUAA